AUUAAUUGGGCCUCACUAUUGAAACGGCAAGACUCAAUUGUAAUGGGCUUUCAAGAUUUUCAGAUUUAAAUACAAGGGAAGGAUUGUAUAAACCUAUAAAUUUGAGGGGUCUAAAUAUAAUUUAAACAUAAUUUCAAAAGAUUGUGUUGCAUGUAGUAUAACUGUAUUCAGUCGGAGCUCCCUCUUCACACAGGCGGAGAUCAGAAGAACGAACGCGAAGAAGGAACUCUAUCAAAAAGCGCAAAUGCUUACAGUUUUCGCCUUCCACACCCCCAAUGUUUCGAAAGAGGACGAAUUGAGGUUGGUCUUUUGUGUGGUGGACCCUAAUCAAAUAAAACAAUGUACAACUCCGGAAGAAGUCUGGCGCGCCUCAAAUCCAGACAGCUACUUUGAAGUAUGCAUUCCGUACGAGGUUGAUCCGAUUACGAGAAAUGCCAUCAAAGAGCGGUUGAAAAAUCACCCUCGCGUUUACGUAAGGGAUGGUUUGCCUGGUGAAUAUCAGCCUAGAGAACGGAGGGCGGCGAACGAGAAUAUUUUUGUUGCUGCAGCUUCCUAUGUUCGAAGCUUUGCAGGAUUCCUUGGAGUGAAUAUUUGAGGUGCUGUUUUCGAAUACUUCUUUAAUACAAACCGAAGACGAGGGUUUCUUUUUUGGAUAACUUCUUCGGAGUGAUGUUUAGUUUCUGUUAGGAGUGACUUCUUUUGCCUGAGCUUCACUUGUACUUGAUGGUGCUUCUGUCUUGUAAGUAAACAUUGAUGUUUUUUGUUGUGUAUAUUUUUUUCUGUCUAUAAAUUUGGUUAGGAUUUGUUUGGUAUA